CAGAAACCCGCCUCCCCUCCCAGCCUUAGGUGCCUGCUUCGGAAAAUGAAAUAAUAAGCCAACUGGCCUCCGCCAUCUUAGGUAGCGUGAGUGUCCAGUGAGAGAAGGAUGCAGUCGGGCAAUCUCUGGAGAGUUCUAGGACUCUGCCUCCUAUCAGUUGGCGCUUGGGGACAAGACGAGACUGAAGAAACUGUUCCAGAAAAACCCGCAUCUGGACAGAAAAGAUAUGAAGUCUCCAUCUCCGGAACCACUGUAAAGCUGACAUGCCCUGAGAAUUUUGGAAACGAAUUAGUAUGGGAAAUAAAUGAUCAAAAAUCUAAGGAGAAGGACCAAACACUAGUACUGGAGAAUUUUUCAGAAGUGGAGAACAGUGGUUACUAUAUCUGCUACCAAGAAAGCUCAGAGAAGACCCAUUAUCUCUACCUGAAAGCCAGAGUGUGUGAGAACUGCAUGGAGGUGGAUCUGACGGCAGUGGCCACAAUCAUCGUAGUCGACCUCUGCAUCACUCUGGGCUUACUGCUGCUGGUGUAUUACUGGAGCAAGUCUAAAAAGGCCAGGGCCAAGCCUGUGACGAGGGGAGCAGAUGUUGGCGGCAGGCCCCGGGGACAAAACAAGGAGAGACCCCCGCCUGUUCCCAAUCCAGAUUAUGAGCCCAUCCGGAAAGGCCAGCGGGACCUGUACGCUGGCCUGAAUCAGAGAGCCGUCUGACAGUUCCUGAGGACACUGCCUCCUGCUGGCCCAGGUCUGCUCCUCUCCAGGCACCCUGCCACUCCCUCUUCCCUGAACAAGUCUUGGACCCCACAGGAGAAUCAUUCCGCUGCCUCAUGUGGAACUCACAUCUGCAGCCUUGUCCCCAGCUCUCUUCCUCCUGCCUUCUCAGCUAGCGCCCCAUCCUAGGAUCUUGCUGCCUCAUUGUCCUUUGAAACAUCAUCGCCCCUCAUCCCCUCACACCUGGGCUGCCCUCUUGUCAGGAUAUUUAUUUCUGUUAUUCACCCUCUCCCCAAUUCCUUCCUUCCAUGGUAGACAUUACUUCUCCCUUCAGUUGUCUCCUUUUCCAGCAUAUAAGUUGCCCCCAUUCCCAACUAUUCCGUCUAUCUUUCUAUUUUUCCAGCUCUCCCUUUGGCAACCGUCUGUGGGAAUGGACUAGGUAAAUGAGCCAGCCCUUCGCUCCCUCCCCCCAUGUCUCCACUGUAGACCCCUGGAUGUUCGUUUGCAUCUCCAUGAAUGUGCUAGGCUCCUUGUCAGCUGAGACAGAAAAGAAAUAAAGUGUAUUUGG